UUCGAUGCAAAGGUUUCUUAGCGAGCUAGUCGUCGCGGCAAUCUUGGUUUUCGUGCGAUUAUUCGUUACAGUCGUGAAAUGAACUAGAGUUCGUAGUUAGCUGAGUGGUGCCAGUCUUCGUUAGGAGCGUCGAUAUAUAAUUAACGUGCUAAUAGAUCAUUUCCAACUGUUCCUACACAAACGUUUCAGCGUCAUCUCCUUCAGCCUUUCCUGCUUCAUGUACAUCAUCUUUCCAUCAAUUAGAAAACAAAAAUCAAAGCGUAGAUACAACAAGACAACGAUCCACGUCAGUUCAAUAGCUCGUAUGCGAAAUUUACAUUCCACAUCUGUCAAAAAUCCUCCAAACUUCCCAAAAAGAAAGAUCGGCGAAACUAUUCCUCUCAUCGGCCAAACUUAAGCUGUAACUAAAGCUGUUUUUAAUGUGCGCAGCUCUUCGCCUCUGCGCUAAGCAUAAUCCAGCGCUCCAAUAAAUAUCCUACCCCCCGCAGAGCGUCCAACCGAUUUCAAACAAAGGGAUCCCUCGUCCUCUUCCUGACCCUAUACCUGCGCGUUUCAAUGUCGCCGUCCGGCUGUAAUAUCGGCUACUUUUAUAACGCUAUCUCCUCGCCCUACGAACAUUCUCGAGAGGGUCGCAUCGCAUAUACAGCUACCCCCAACGAACGUCCGCCGAGCCCACGGCCAAUUGGAAAAAUUCGCACCUCUACUCCUCCUUCCCGACUCCAGGGGUCGAGAGGAGCUACCGCCGAUCUGCGACAGACCGGCUUCUUCAGGUCAGUCGCCUGACGAAGCUCGAGUCGUGCGGUCCUUACAUCUGUUACCUGUUACAUACUCUGGAAAUACUCUCAGUCGAAAGCGCGUCAGUCGGUGCGUAAAAGCGAUCGCAAAUUCGUAAAUCACAGAGGUGACAAAAAUCGAAAAUCGAAAAAAAAGUGUCCGAUAAGUCAUGGAUCGUCAACAGCCGAUCGCUCAGCCGGCACGCGUGCCCCAGAUAAAAAAAUCGUCCGAAUUCCUAGAGCAUCAACAGCAGGUAGCUCCAGCGGUGAACCAGGACACACUGCUGCACUCGGCGGUGCUCAAGCAGAACGAGAAGGUCGUGAAGUUCCUGCUGAAACACGGGGCGGACGCGAACGCGCGUAUGCGCUUCGGUAAGGAGCCGAUGCAGAGUCUCAGUGCCGAUCCCAAUCCGGAGAUGCGCGAGAUCUUCUACCGAUACCGCAGCGCCUCGAUCAACUCCACCGGCUACAGCUCGCUCAACCUCAGCGUAGGCACCUCGUACACGCUCAACCCCUACACCGGCCAAAGGAACAAGAGCGUCUCGAACCUCAGCGAGAAGUACCGAUCCCUCCAGAGGGACAGCAAAAAUCACAACCCCACGCCGGUGCACGUGACCGCGGCGAACGGCAAUCGCGGCAUCCUCGAGCUCCUCCUGAAUCACGGCGGUGACGUGAACCUCGACAUGGAGGGCGAUUACACAGCCCUGAGCAUCGCCAUCCUGCGGCGACACUUCGACAUCGCUGAGCUGCUCAUCGAGCAGGGCGCCAACGUCAACUACAGAGGCCGGAGCGGCAAGACGCCGCUGCACUUCGCCGUCAAGAGCAAACAGAUCGAGAUGGUGCAGCUGCUGCUGCGCAACGGCGCCGACGUCAAGUCCCGCACCGAACACGGUGUCACGGCGUUGCACAUCGCCGUCGAGAGGAAACUUCAGGACGUCGCCGAGCUGCUGCUGAAGAACGGCAGCGACGUCAACGCCAGAACCAGGACCGGAGUGACGCCGCUGCACUGCGCAGCCGUCAAAGGCCAGAAGGAAAUCACCGAGAUGAUCCUCAGCUACGGGGGCGACGUGAGCGUCAUCAUGAAGAAGGGCGAGAUCGACGUCACUCCGCUGCUCUGGGUCACCGAGAGCGAGAGGAAGAAGAUCACCGAGAUACUCAACAGGUACGUCGUCAAGAGCAACACCGGCGGCUACUACAGCCGGCUGAUCAAGAAGUUUUGGAAACAUAUUGCCGGAAAGAAGUGCAUCUUGAACUAGAGAUAUGUAACGAGCUGCUGGAGUGCGGAUGCGAGUAUGGUUCCAGUGCAGAUUUUGCCGAUUCUUUGCCUCACUGAACCGAUUUUUUUUUUUAUGGAAAAGAAAAAAAAA